AUGAGCAGUGAUUUGAUAUUUCAUAAGAUUUACGGAAAUAAUAGAGCAAUGCCACUUUUAUUUCGAAGUUUGGUGCUCCCCAAGCAUUUUUACAAAAAUUAUUGCUAUAAGUCUCUAUCGUUAGAUCCAAGGCAUCAUGUCAUAUUCAAGAGCGCAAACCCCCCCACUAAGUUACAAUUUCAAGAGACUGAACCAAUAGGUGACCACAAUACUGAUAACAUGGAUAAAUUAGCCAGUGAUAAUAAGCGGUUGAUCAAUCUUAAUGAAAUGAGAAGUUUUUUGGAGUGCCAAAUCCCAAACUUGCUUCAAAACUCUUUCGAAGAUGGAAGAUUGUCCGAUCACGUCAUUUUAAGGGUAUGUCCACACACCCAUCCACUACUACCCAUUAUAAAGAACAAAUAUCCUUAUCUAAUAGCAUUGAAAGCUUUAAGAAAGCUUCUCACAAGCUUUAUAAUAAAUCCCAAAGUUAGGCUACAUAUUUCAAGUAUUCAUGUUGAGAAGCCCAGCAUACAGAUUGAUUGUACCAGGUUUGACGACAAUAAGGAAUUGGAAAACCAAUUAGAAUCAGAGUUGCUUGAUAAGUUUUCGUUCGAUGGAUCUGAAUCUGUGAUAAAAUCGAUUAAUCAUAGUCAUAGAUACAGCUUAUUUCCUUGGACAUAUAAGAUUAUUGUCAAAUGGAGGAGUUGUACGGAGGAUUGUUCUCAUUUGCUUGAAAGUGAAACGCACGCCGGCGAUUAUCUGGAUACUACGGUAAUGAAGACUGAGGCCGAGAAUCUGGGUCUAUAUAGGGCUGUCAAAAUAGAUGAAAAGUUUCUAAGGGACUCAAAUUUAAAUAAUUUCAAUCAGACGCUUGAUACAUUAUUCAUCAAUGAUAAUAAUUCUUCUUUUGACUGCAAAGAGUUUGAGAGAGUGUUGAGUGGUGUGUUUAUUUUUGAAUUAAACUUGAGUAAUGAUAAAGUAUUGGUACAUAACAUAGAAGAUAUAGAAAUCAUUGAAAGGAAAAUAGAGGAACGUGAUUUGAAUAGUCUAUUGGGAAUGACUUAG